CCUCCCCUCUGCCUCCCGGUCUCUCCUCGCUCUCCUUCAUCGCUCUAGCCCCCUCUCCCUCCGUCCCGUUCUCUCCGCUCCCCUCACCCCGCCUCUCUCCCCCUCCCCCAGCCCCUCCUCUCCUCACCCCACCCUGCCUCCCUCCCUCCCUCCCUCCCUCCCUCCCUCCGCCCGCCGGCCCGGCGCUCGCAGAGCCGACACCAGGGGGGCUCUCGAUGUAGCACCAUGACAGGCAUCGCCGCCGCCUCCUUCUUCUCCAAUACCUGCCGAUUCGGGGGCUGCGGACUCCACUUCCCCACCCUGGCCGACCUCAUCGAGCACAUCGAGGACAACCACAUCGAUACAGAUCCACGUGUUUUAGAAAAACAAGAAUUACAGCAGCCAACCUAUGUUGCCCUCAGUUACAUUAAUAGAUUCAUGACAGAUGCUGCCCGCCGAGAGCAGGAGUCCCUAAAGAAGAAGAUUCAGCCGAAGCUCUCGCUGACCUUGUCCAGCUCAGUGUCUCGAGGGAAUGUGUCCACUCCGCCACGCCACAGCAGUGGAAGCCUCACUCCCCCCGUGACCCCGCCCAUCACCCCCUCCUCUUCGUUCCGCAGCAGCACCCCCACCGGCAGCGAGUACGACGAGGAGGAGGUGGAUUACGAGGAGUCGGACAGCGAUGAGUCCUGGACCACGGAGAGCGCCAUAAGCUCUGAAGCCAUCCUCAGCUCCAUGUGCAUGAACGGAGGGGAGGAGAAGCCUUUUGCCUGCCCGGUUCCUGGAUGUAAAAAGAGAUACAAGAAUGUGAAUGGCAUAAAGUACCACGCUAAGAAUGGUCACAGAACACAGAUUCGUGUCCGCAAACCAUUCAAAUGUCGUUGUGGUAAGAGUUACAAGACAGCUCAGGGCCUGCGGCACCAUACAAUCAAUUUCCAUCCCCCGGUGUCGGCUGAGAUUAUCAGGAAGAUGCAGCAAUAACAUGCUGGUCGUAACUGUGCCAAGAAAUCCUCACCAGCAGUUGCUGAUUUUGAAAACAGCCACCUUUUUUCAGGGGAAGCAUUCAGCAACCCUUUAAAGAAUUAAAUGCAUGCUUUAAAUUUUUUCUGUAAUUUUGGAAUGAUGUAUCUUUGUAGUUGAUUUUGUACAUUUGCACAUGUAAUCAUCAUACCCAUUUUCAUUACUUUGAUAUAAGGUGCUAAAAAAAAGCUCUAGGUUCUUCAGCACAUUUCCCCCAAAAUAAAAUUGAGGGCAUGUUGCAUAUUAUUUAGUUGUAUUGCAGUGAUAUCAAUGGGGGGAGGGGCUGGCACUGAGAUUUUUUUUCCCCAAGAUUGUAAUGUGAUUGAAGUUUUUCAACACAUCAACUCACUAUGUUCAAAACCAAAAUAAUACCUUCAUUAUCAAACUGGUUACCAUGCCUUACAUAAUAUAGUUAGUUGUGAGUAGAAAGACUUUAGGUAAUGGAAAUAUAAAUAAGAAUGUUUAACAUAAUAUGCUAAAAAUAUUUUCAUAUUUAAAUAACAUACAUAAAAGGUGUGCUUUCUGUGUUUUAUAUUAUCUUGCAAAUCCUUUUGCCCCUUAAGCUGAAAAUCUUGCCAUCUGACUUACCAAUCAUUUUAGUGUUAUAAAUGGCAUUUUUGUACAGAAUAGUCUCUUCAGUUCACUCAUUAACACACAUUCAUUGAGUGCCUGCUGGGUGCAAGGGAUUUGGUUUAUGCCUGUUGAUAUUUCUGGACCAAGAUACCAGUUUAGUGAAAUAAUACUUUUCCCUAAAAUCUGUUAGAAAACACUUUGAAAUACUUAAGUGCAAAUUUUGUGUGUGUGAAAUUUAGUUCUAGCUUCAUCUUUAGGUGAAGUUUUAAAGCACUUUGUAGUUCUCUAUUGCCAACAGAUUUAAUGUUUUAUGUGUUGCCAAUUCUCGCAACCACUGCCCUAACAAAACUGUGGGUUGCAAAUAAUGAAAAUUCCAAGCACGUUUCAAAGAGAACAUUUUUCUUAAGACCCCUUACUGCCUCUUCAUGCUCAUUGUGUUUUUAGACUUUUUUUUAAAGGCACUUUUUCCAUCACAUUGUAGAGGUCUGUAUUCCCAUUGGAAAUAUCUGUUUAGCUUUAUAAAACAUUUUGCUGAAAUACAAAAUUGAGCCUUAUUGACAAUUAAGUGCUUCUUGCAGCAGGUGGUCAAAGAGAGUGACCUACGUCUGGACCAUUCCUGAAGUUUUUCUCACCAACAAUACCAUCAUGCCUUGAGUGUUCUUUUCUCCCAAGUGCUAUUCCUUAAACAUGCAAGAGUUUACCAACUGCCUCAUUAUGCAAUAAAAAUUGCUCUGAGAUGAUGGCUAACUAACUGCCCACAAAACUGGUGAAAAGCAAGCUCAAACUGCUUAUAACUUUCUUCCCAUGUUCCCAUUUCAUGAAAGUCUUACAGCUGGGAAGCAGGUGUCCCUCAAUUUUUCAGACAGUUCGAAAGGAUGACAGUUCUGCUGGCCAGACGGGUAAGCUUCUAUAUUCUUAAGUUGUGAAUCCCUCAUAAUGAGGGAUUUUAAAGUAUUUAUAAAGACACUGCCCUCUAAAAAUUUCCUCAGAUCUAUGAAGAGUGGUCUUGGUCCUGAAUAUACAGUGUUAUUUAAAAGGGUGAUCAGACAUGAGAAGCAACUAGUUGGUGCAUAAGAAGGCCCUACUUGGUUAUUUCAUAUCUACCUACAAUUGACCAAAAUUUUUUAGGCCAGCAAUUAUUAUUUAGCUUCGCUCCUUCUAGCGCAAGAAACUGUAGGCUGGAUCAGUAGUUCAACAGCUAAAGUCAUAAAAUAGUCAUUGUGCAUGUUAAAUUUCUUUCAACUAUAAAACAAAUUCAAUUUCUAUUUGCUUAUUCAUUGUGACAGUAUUACUAAACAGGUAAGGAUGGGAAUAUUUUGUUAUACCGUGUAUAGUGAAUGUAUUGUACUGUGUCUGUGAAAACUGUGCUUUAAAUUAUAUUUUCGUAUGUUUUGUUGGGGACAGAGCACAUUAAGUUUGAAAGCAACAGAGGUUUGUUUUAGAAGUGAAGGCAACUUAAUCAAAAUUGCUGUCAAGAAAAGCUGCUUAUAAAUGUAAAUGAAAUCACAUUUAAAAUAAACUGCCUCUGACCCAAAAUAAACAUGGCUCUUUAUUAGUGUCCAUUACCACUCUAGUAUUGGAAGGAUACUUUUAAGAUUGGCAUGCUCCAUAAUUAAAUGAUGCAACACGAAAAUGCUACCACUGACCAUAUUUUACCUGCAUCUCCAAGGGAGGGAAGACGUGGAGUCUUCAGUACUGCCUUCCAGCCUGCCAUGUCUUGUUUUGCUCUACACUCGAAAUUAUUUUUAAAGGAUUCCAGCAAUACAAAUUCUGCUUUCAGAAACAAACACAAGCGGGGCACCUGGGUGGCUCAGUUGGUUAAGCAAUUGCCUUCAGCUCAGGUCAUGAUCCUGGAGUCCCGGGAUCAAGUCCUGCAUCGGGCUCCCUGCUCGGCGGGGGGUCUGCUUCUCCCUCUGACCCUCCCCCCUCUCAUGUGCUCUCUCUCUCUCUCUCUCAAAUAAAUAAAUAAAAUCUUUAAAAAAAAAAAACAAACGCAAGCGACAUGAUGUGUAUGCAGUUCACACACACAGCACACUGAAAUGCCACCACACUGAAUAUCAGGUUAAUAUCCUAGCUAAUUUGCUUUUAAGACAAAUAUUGUGAUAACUACAAAAGAAGCAAAAUCGACGUCAGUAAAUUCUUAUUAACAUUCAUAUUUUGAGAUACCGUUCAGAAAUUUGUUUAAAGGCCCAGACCAAGGGAAAAAAAGUUUAGACUUAAUGAAAAGCUAUCGCAAAUAAAUUCGACAAUGAAAUUACACAUCUCCAAAAAUGUGUCCUCUUUAAUAAGAAUACAAGAGACAUAAUGAACAUAUUGAUUUGCGUUUAUAACAUCACAUUUUUAAUCAAGAAAAUGUGAAAAAGAUAUGGAUACAUUUUCUGUGAUUUUAUGCCACAACCACCACUGUUCAGUAGAUCAUUUAAUAUCAAACAACUGCACUAACCUAUCGUGUUCCAUUCUCCCAUUAGACAGAAACACAACUUCAAGAUGGCUUAAAAAUAAUCGUUCAGGUCAUUCUAAAAUGUUUUAGUCAUAAAAUUAGCAAAAUAUGCCUUCUAUUCCUAAAGCAAACAUUUCAAAUAUAAAAUGUACUUGCUCUACUGCAAGCAUGUGAACUCAUUCUACAUGCAGUUCCAUUUCUAAAGGUUGAAACACCAUCCUUUCAUGAGCUAAAUUAUGGAAGUUUCUGUAUUCAAAGAAUUACUUUGCAAGACUAUAAUGAUAUAUUACUUUUAUUACAUAAUAUUUAGUAGUCAUGCUCAAUCAACAAGGUCAACAGAAACUUGUAAAUAUGCUAAAUGACACACUACAUAUAUUUUCAUUGUGGUAACAUUAAUCCAUUGCCUUUAUUCAUAUAGUUUUGCAAACUGGGGAAUAAAUAAAGAUACAAACAUAAGAACUUUUCUUAAGCUGGUAAGAUUAACAGGGGUUACAAUUUUAUUUACUGAUAAGCUAAGCUAAAGACGGACUCUGACCCUGGUAACACAAACUCAAAAGUAGCGCUUGUUCAAAAAAGUGUGGUAGAGGCUGCACGGAAAUGAUACCUUGUGGUCUCCAUAGUGGUCUAUUUUGAAGUGAUUUUUUUUUUUUUUUAAAUUGCUGAACUGUGUUA